AUGAGCCGCCCAGCGAGGCCGGGAGCGCCAUCUCCGCUGUCCACGCAGCCAAGGCCCAACGCCAGCCCGAACGCUGCCGCUGUCGCUGCUGCUGCCUCCCCCACUUCGGUGGUGUCGGAGCUGACGGAGGAGCAGCGGCAGGAGAUCAAGGAGGCGUUCGACCUCUUCGACACCGACGGCAGCGGCACCAUCGACGUGAAGGAGCUGAAGGUCGCGAUGCGGGCGCUUGGCUUCGAACCACGCAAAGAUGAGGUGCGCCGCCUGCUCUCUACCAACAGCGACGAACGUAGCGGCGGCGGCGGCAGUGGCGGCGACACGGAGACGCUGGCGAUCGGCUUCGCGGAGUUCAUGGACAUCAUGGCUCGCAAGAUGACGGAGCGUGACUCGCGCGAGGAGAUGCUGAAGGCGUUCCACCUCUUUGACGACGACAAGACGGGGAAGAUCUCGUUCAAGAACCUCAAGCGCGUCGCGCAGGAGCUCGGCGAGAACAUGACGGACGCGGAGCUCCAGGAGAUGAUAGAUGAGGCCGACCGCGACGGCGACGGUGAGGUGAGCGAGGAGGAGUUCCUCCGCGUGAUGAAGAAGACAUCGCUCUACUGA